UCUUCACAAACUCUAAAGCAAGUUGGGCAACCUGAGCACAAGACAUGAGGAUAUUGCUACCUAUUUGCCAAUCUUCUUGAAAUGAGUCUUCUGUUGGCAUUGGCAUGGAACCCUGUCACCAACGAGAUGAAAGCCAAGAUGUCAGUAAUGGACACACACAGACACAAGAAGUACCCUAUGAGGAUACUCUCUCUACUAGCCAUUGUAGCCAAAGCGUUGCCACCAAAAACUCUCAGGGAGAAAAUCAAACUCACACCGACAAAAGCAAGGAUACAUGGCGAUCAUCCGCUUUGAAGUUACCUGCUACCAGCAGUGUAGGCCAUAAUAAUGUUGAGUCAUAUGCUCCAAGAAAUGCUCCAUAUGCACAAUACAUCAAACAGCACUUGCCGAAGGAGCCUUCUGUCACAGUUCAUUCCAAUCAUGUGGUGAUUGUCCCUGCUGAGGAAUAUCAUCAGCUACUUGAGAUGGUCAAGCAAAACAGGAAGGACAUCAUCGACCUUAAAGCAAGGAUUGGUAAUACUCUGCAAAGCUCCAAGAAUGGAUCCGCUUUGUCCAGCCGAGAAUGUCAUCAAAAGACAAAGGGACCUGCAUCAGAGACUAAAAGCUGUGCAAGUGAGAUCCAAGCACCUAUGUCAUCUACUACAUCCAGCUGGGAUGGUCAGGACCAGAUCCAGGAAUAUCCAAAGGAGAUUGAAGCUUACAAAAAAGAGAUCGAGGGGUAUAAAACUGAGAUCCAAGAAUAUAAGAAAGAAAUUAAAGACCUGAAAGAUUGGAAGCAGUUUGUGAUAAAGACUCUAUGUGGCACGCAGGAGGUUGAGCAACAAAUAGCCUGCACAGAUAUACAAGAAAUUGAUGUCGGUCAGCAAGCUGAGAUCCAAGGUCAAACGACCAAACUCCCCAAGUGUGGCACAUCAAUGACAUCAAACGCUAAAUCACAUGGUGAUACCAAUGUUCCUGUUCUGGAUGAUCAGGAUUGCUGUGAGCUGGAAGAAUAUGCGACAGCAAUUGAAGAAGACGAUGACAAGUCUGUCACAGGAUUACAAACAUCCAGCAUGAAAGAUGAAGAUAUGUCAGAGGAAGAAGUAACUGAUUUUGGAGAAUAUGAGAAUGACGUAGAGGAACCUGGUCCUUGUUCCAAGUCUAUUGAUCAGUCUCUUAAUGGCUGUAAGACGAUUCUGUCACACCGUGAGCAUGAUACCAAUGUUGCUGUGUUGGAUGAUCAGGAUUGCUGUCAGCUGGAAGAAUUUGUGACAGCGAUUGAAGAAGACGACCAGUCUGUCACAGGAUUACAUACAUCCAGCAUGAAAGAUGAAGAUAUGUCAGAGGAAGAAGUAACUGAUUUUGGAGAAAACGAGAAUGUCGUAGAGGAACCUGGUCCUUGUUCCAAGUCUGGUGAUCAGUCUCCUAGUGGCCGUAAGACGAUUCUGUCACCCCUUGAGCAUUCUGCAGAUCGAUCAGAUGUCAUUGUCAAGGACAAACCUCUGCCCCCUACAGUAUGAACAAUACAAAAUUGAGUGAGAAUAGCAUAAGUGAUGUUGAAGAAACUGAAACAGAUAUGAAAGAACAUGAUGCCUGUGAACUGCCUGUAAACCAGAAAUCUUGUUCCAAGGGGAAAACUUCCAUAUUCUUGUUGAAUGUUUCCAAUGAUGUCCCUCAAGCUUCACAUGCCGUUUAUGUGACUGAAGGUUUAAAGAGUUCAGUCCUUCCAUUUGCACCAAAUAGCCUCCUCAUUGCAAAGAAACUUGCAGAUGCUCUUUUUACGGAUUCUGAGAGGAUGGAAGCUGAUGUUACAGGGUACAUGGGGUCAGAGAUGGAUUUUGAAAGAAUGGUUGCAAUCAAAGAAGUUGUUUUUGAACUGUGCCCUACAGAGGAAUCAUCAAAAAUAGAGGUUUGGAAAAGAUGCAUUACAGCCAUUAAUGAUGAGUCAAGGAAACUACGUGAGCGUUUCUAUCUUAGACAAAGGAAAAAAAAAUGCAUUUCAAGUGCUGAAAUCGAGGAACAUUUGCAAGAGUUAAUAUUACCUUCAGGGGAGAAAGUUUUACGUGUUACAGACAAUGUCAAGAAGUUGUUGCUUCCACUUGUGCCAAAUCAUAGGAACAUUGCCCGAAGAUUGGUUAAUAUGCUUUUUAUGGAUGAGGAAAGGAUUCACAAGAAUGUAAGUGGUCGUAAAUCAGAAAAGAUGGAUCCGAAACGUAUGGCUGCAGUCUAUGAAGCAGUUUUUGACGUGUGCCCUGUGAAACCAGAGGAGAAGACAAAUAUUUGGAAGCACUGUAUAACAGGGAUUGAUACUCAAAACAGAAACCUUAAACGUAUGCGGCAAUAUAAGUGUGAUAUUUUGCCAUUAAAAAAUAGGAAAGAUUCUGAAAAACAGAGCGUCAUUAAGAAGGACACUAAACCUUCAUUUUAGGCAAGUGAAAGAAAUGCUAGAAGGGUGUGGUGGUCAUCUGCAAGUCAUGUGUUACCACCUCUUUCACUGUAAGCUUCUGUUUUAAAUAAUGCUUUUGACUGAACAAUAACUUGUCAACAUACUAAAUUGAAAGACUGCUAUCUCAGAAUGUUGUUCUGAUGUGAAAAUUAGGGCUGAUAUAUUUGCUAUAGCCUGCUCCAAGGUGGAUCAGCAGGAUCAAGUCUCAGUUUGCAGUGUCUUCAUCAGGAUGAAGUCAGACCAUAGUUUGAAAUUCAAAAUCAACCCUGUAGGCUGCAUUUCUAUUAAUUAGCUCUGCAUGUGAUACACUUGAUAAGAAAACAUGGGAUCGGGCUUACAUGCAACUGCCAUCUAGACACUUGACAAAAUACUCCACUAAUUUUGGGUUCAGCGGGCCGGCUCUUCUAGAAAUGAGUGCAAGUCUUUGGGUAGACCUUUUAGUAUAGACUUUUUUUUUGCUAAAAAUAGCAGGCUAAAGCAGAAGUAAGACUGAUCAUGGGCUGAUUGAUAGUGGGUGAGAGUAUCAACUUCAUUCUGAUGAAGAUGGCCUGGUGUUAACUUUGUCAAGGUUUACUGCAAUUCCUCCUCAAGGGUUUGAAAUGCUAAUGCCAGAGUAUUAGUGCUAUCACACAAUACUGCAAUAUGUGCACAGUAAUCAAAUAUAUUAUGCACCAUAGGCCAAGGUAUUUUGGGAGAUCAUGUGGCCGAGGGGGCUCCCAGGUCCCCCCUUGGGAUCUCGGCCGUUGAUUGCGCCAAAAAUUGGCACACAGGUUGUCUGGGACAUAAUCUACAAAAUACUUUAAUCCAAAUUGCUAUUAAUUGAUUAUGCUAAUUUAUGCAUAAUUACUAUGCAAAAUAUACUCUAACUAGUGCUGUAGCCGAACCGCCGAACCGAACGGUAGUUCGCCGAACAUGGCACUUCCGAACCAAACAGAACCGAACCGAACACUAAGACUUGGUUCGGAAGUUCGGCAAAAAAAAAAAAAACGGCUUUCAGCUAAUAAAUUUAUAAGUUUACACCCUUUCUAAUCAUUAUAUUUGCGCAUUCUCUAUUUAAUCUUCUUUGCAAUUGUAUGUUGGAAGUAUGCGCUUAUUUUGCGGUUACUAGAUUUUGUUUUCUUUUUCAUGUUGACAUUGUGGUUUUUACGGCCCUGAUUAAGAAAGGAGAUCCGAUGAAUGAUGUUGCCCGAGCUUGCGCUAUAAUCAUUUUACUGGCUUUCAUCAUCUCUCGCUCUGUGGCCGAAUCGCCGAAGCAUGGUAAAGAAAACCAAAACUGUAUGAGUGUUCAUUGGUUAAAUCUAAUUAUCUAAAAUAUUGUUGUUUUUAGGUGGCGAACAAGAUUCUUGUUUGAAAAUCUUCAAAGUAUUUUGAAUGAACGAGCUCAAUAAACUGAAAGUGAAAGAUGAAGUACCAUUAAUAUUACGAAUUACGAUACGAUGUGAUUAAGAUCGUAACUCGUGUAUUGUUGCGGCGGAAAAUAAAGAUCUGAUUGAGGUGAUU